AUGGGAUCGCUAGUUUUGCAUGCCGCUAUUGCGUCGUCAGAGGACGAAGACGAUUAUGGUUCGGACAUUUCCUUGGAGACAGAAAGGAUUGCCGAAAAAUCGCUGCUUGUACACGCUGAUGAUAAGAAUGAAGAAGAGCCAUCACAUGAUUCACAAAAUAGCGUUCGUCCCACAAAUUCCAUCGCAGAAGAUACCCAGACGCCUACCUUGCAAGCUUUUGCGCACGCCGUGGGAGAGACUUCUGAGCCACUCAGCCGUCAAAAAAUCUUUUCGGCCGACAGUUCCAAUCCAAAGUAUGCCACACAAGAUGAGAGCAGUCUCCAUAAAAAUACACCUUCACUUGACCUAGGAAAUCCAGAUACACAAUCUCCACUUGAGCUCUUUCGAACUCGUACCCGGAAUCUCACAGUGACUGAUUUAGUCUCUCCGGCGUGGUGUGAGCUACAGUACUGGUAUAUGUUGACAAAACAUGGAGAAAAAAAACGUACACCUGCUAUGAAGCGUGGCAGCCGAAUUCACAAAAAGCUAGAGGAUCAAAUAUUCACCACCGUUCACAUCCCAGUACAAUCAAAAGAAGAUCAAUGGGGACUUAAAUUAUGGAACAUUGUGCAAGGCUUGCAUACUCUUCGCGAACAAGGACUUACAAGAGAACUUUAUAUCUGGGGAAUUGUAGAAGGGCAAUUGGUUAGUGGCCAAAUAGACGAAUUGUCUUAUGAAUGUCCUGAUAUAAAUCUUGAAAGAUCAACAACAAAACUCCAUAAAAAUCUUGGCGGGAAUUCUUGCAUGGAAAUGACAAAUGGGCCUAAAAGUAUAGUUGAACAUAAAAAGAUCUACUUGUGUGAUGUGAAAACACGGAUAUCUGAAAGGUUACCAUCACAAAUAGGCUUUUUACCGACCAAAUACCAACUCAUGUUAUACCAUCGAUUAAUCACUGCCCUUAUAACUAACUUAGUUGAUUUUGAGGUAUUAGCUGCUCGCUAUAAUCUUGAUGUUAACAAGAUUUUUUCAGACAAUUUCCUCGCACAGAUCGGUGGUAAUAGUGAAAUAACCUUUGAUGUAACUGGAUCGAGUAGUCGCCGAGACUCACUUUCCGUAUUACUUCAACACAAUUGCCUCUCGACGCUAUGGGCACUCAUGAUUUCCGAGUUUCAGAAAACCUUUCCGGAAGGCGUAAGUUCUUUGGGUCGUACACUUAAAGCUGAGUAUCGCUCGGGGGUAGGGGGUCAUAUCAUCGGAAGCAAGACAUUUCUGAUGAACGAUGAGCAAUUGACAAGCUAUGUUCAAUAUACUAUGCAAUGGUGGGAAGGUAAGCGAGAAGCGCGAGGAGUAAUUACUAGCGACGCUUUCAAGUGUCAGAGUUGUGACUUUGCAGAGACUUGUGAGUGGCGGUUAAAAAAGGUUGAGCAAGAUCAAGAAAGAAUUCGACGUCGGAAAGAAAUUGAAUCAAAUAACAAAUGA